AUGUCCUCUUCACCAUCUCCGUCGCCCUCAUCUUCCUCAACAACACCAUCAACAUCCUCCCCACUCCCCAGCGCACCCCCAGCAACCAAAGACCCGCGCCUAACACCCAUCAUCGUCGCACUCGUCAUCAUCGGCGUCGUCCUCCUCGGCCUCAUCGCCUGGCUCACCAUCAAAGUCCGUCGGAAAGAGCGGAGUAGGAUAGGGGACGGCUCGGGUGGGGAUGGGGAUGCAAGUGGAAGUGGGAGUGGAAGUAAGAGAGGAAGCACGAGAGGCCCGUAUCACGGCACGAGUAUAUGGGAGAGGACACAUCCAGCUGCGAAGAUCACGCCGUUUGGGGCGCCGAAUCAUGCACCGAGGUUUGACCACAAACCAGGCGCCGACAUGCGCAUCGCCUACCGCCGCCCAGACGGCGCCUGGCACUUCACAGACUCGCGUACACCAUUCACACCAGCCGGCGUCUCCGACCUUGAGAACACCCCCUCUCCCUCCCCCAUGUCCUCCUCCUCCGCCUCCCUUUUCUUCCCUCGGUACAACGGGAGUACCGCCAGUGUGCAUAGUCCGAGUGCACUGAGUCCAAGCACCUACGGAUACGGAAACGGAAACGCGAGCACGUCGACGCUAGGACUCUACCCCGACAACCCGAUGUCAGCUAAAGAACAGGAAGUGCGGGCUAUGAAACUCGCUGCUGCUGAACCCCCCAAGGACCGGCGGUACGACGAGGACGAGGAGGCGUGGAGAACGUACGAGCCUCUCACGCCCCCGCCGCCUGCGUAUCGGAGACAUUCGAGGGAUGAAUCGUGA